UUCCGCGACCAAAAAGUAGUGCGUUGCUUGCGGUGAGCGAGAAACAAUUAAUGCUUUGCCGGCAACGUUAAACCGUAAACAUUUGUCACAAGCUUGACAAAAAACGUUCCUAUUGCUGGGAAAACAAUCGAAAUAUGCGAGUUUGUAUUUUGUGUUUUUCGUUUUUUGUCUCAUCUGGUUUUUGCUCUCUCCGUAGCCCUGGCCGCCUGUUUGCGCUUUGCGGAUAGUCAGAUUUGGGAAAAUGGCGCCGAGCUCUGUGGCCUCGACUACCUCUCCUGUGCGCAUUUUUUCAAAGGUUCGUACAUCGAAGUUGUCAAGGAACUCCAAGCAAGUUAUUGCAAAUGUGUACGCUCGUACCAGGCAGCGUUUCCCGGAGAAGUCUGUUCGGGAAGUACUGAGCGCUGUGAGCGAGGACACCGGAGUAUCUCCCCGUACCGUCGCGAAAUUCAAAGCGGAGCGUCUGCGUGGGCCUUUCGUGUCUCCGAAGAAAAGACCUCGCGACGUGAAGAUUUCAAGCUCGCGAACAGUCAAACAUGACAGCUUCACAGUCCAUGCCAUCCGUCUGAAAGUGCACAGCAUGUACGCCAAGAGGGAGAUCCCAACACUGGACAGUGUGCUAAAGGCUGUCAACGAAGACGACGACUUGCCGAACUUCAAGAAAACGACCUUGUGGAGGUUAAUGAAAGACAUUGGCUUCAUGUUUGAUAAGAGGAAACGGAAUCUUGCGCUGAUCGAGCGCAGUGACAUCAUUGCCUGGCGCCGCAGGUACCUGCGGGCGAUCAAGGAAUUCCGAAGACAGGGCAGGUGCGUCAUCUACUUAGAUGAAACGUGGGUGAAUGCAGGGCACACGAAGGAAUACGUCUGGCAGGACAAGACUGUGAAGUCAGCUCAUGAUGCUUUCCUGAAAGGUCUGUCGACAGGAUUGGUCGCGCCCUCGGGCAAAGGGGCCCGUUUGAUCCUUGUACAUGCUGGGAGCAGUGCAACAGGUUUCGUCCAAGGAGCUGCUGACUACUUCCGAGCAAAAAAGGGGAACAACGCUGACUACCACUCUGAGAUGGACGGAAAGUACUUCGAGAAGUGGUUCACUGACAAGCUUUUGCCAAACAUUCCGGCCAAUAGCAUUGUAGUCAUGGACAAUGCUCCAUACCACAGCGUAGCUCUUGAAAAGGCACCUACCAAGUCUACGCGCAAAGCUGAUAUUCAGCUUUGGCUCACAAAGAAAGGUGUUCCAUGGUCACAGGACAUGGUGAGAGCUGAGCUGCUGGAACUUUCGCGAAAGGUCAACACACCCACCAUUGUGCACCGCAUCGACACUCUGGCGGCUACCCAUGGCCACGAAGUGCUUCGUGUACCACCAUACCACUGCGAGUUCAAUCCAAUUGAACUUGUUUGGAGCCAAGUGAAGUGGUACAUCGCAAAACGUAACACGUGUUUCACUUUGGCUGAAGUUGAAAAACUCCUGCCGGAAGCAUUGGCAUCUGUAAGCCAGGAAAACUGGCAAAACGGCUGUGCUCAUGUAGAGCAAGUUGAGGCCGAAGCGUGGGAACGUGACAUGAUUGUCGACAGUGAAAUUGAACCACUUGUCUUCAGCAUUUGUGAUUCGUGCAACUCCUCCUCCGAUGAGUCGAGUGCUCAUUUCAGUGAUGAAGACUUAAGUGGCAUCGAGGAACUUGUUUGA